GAGUUUCCGAUCGAAGUUUCAGGAAUCGGCGAGCUUAGCAGUUAUUAUGGUUGUUCUGCAGAUCAUAAUUACAACACCACGAAGCUGAGACUUUGAAGAAGUUCGGCUUUGAUCCUUCUUGUUUGGUGCUGCGCAAGCUCCUCUGUCUUCCAAGUUCCAAGAUCCUAUCAACAAUGACGACGACGGUGACCGCGUCGGCUACCCAAGCUUACGGUGAAACCUGGUACUGGGACAAUCGCUAUUCCAACGAACCUGGUCCUUUUGAUUGGUACCAAAAGUAUCAAACCUUAGCUCCCAUCAUGAAUCUCUAUGUCCCUCGCAAACACCGGAUCCUUGUUGUCGGUUGCGGCAAUUCAGCAUUUAGCGAAGGCAUGGUUGAUGAUGGUUACGAAGAUGUUGUCAACGUUGAUAUAUCCUCUGUUGUGAUUGAAGCUAUGCAGAACAAAUAUCGGGAUCGUUCCCAGUUGAAAUAUAUGCAAAUGGAUGUCCGAAAUAUGAGUGCAUUUGAAUCAGAUUCCUUUGGUACUGUAAUUGACAAAGGGACUCUUGAUUCUCUUUUGUGUGGAAGUAAUUCGAGACAGAACGCCACCAUGAUGCUUGAAGAGGUUUGGAGGGUUCUCAAGGAUAAAGGAGUUUAUAUCCUGGUAACCUAUGGAGCUCCAUUAUAUCGUCUACGUUUGCUCAGAGAGUCAUGCUUAUGGAAUAUAAAGCUCCAUGUGAUAGAGAAACUUGCGUCAGAAGAGAAGUCUAAUGGUCCAGUCUGGGAGCUGACUACUCCUGUCCCACUCAAUGAUGAUGGAAGCUCAGUGGAGCAAGCACUUGGAAAAAAUCCGGAUGUGCAUUAUAUUUAUGUUUGUGUUAAGGAUGAAUCUUUGAAGUCAAGCUCCAAAGAAUGAACAAGCAGAUCAGUGGGGGAAGACAUGCAUUUUAGUUCUUCAAAUUUGUUCUAUGAUAAGUACUUUUUUUUUUCCUUCUGUUCCAACUUUGAAUUUGAGAGGUAGAAUAUGAAGUCUACGAGUUUCAAUUUCUGUAUGAUGAAUGCCCCCCAGCCCUGUGAAUCUGUGAUGUUACACGACUUUUCCGCAUGGUUCCUGUAAAUUGGACCGUUUAAAUUAUAAUUGUGAUAAAUUUAUUUUUUUUUCCUCGCUGAGUUAGAAAA